AUGACUCUAAAGCUGAAAAAGCUGCAUUGGCAAAUGCUUAUCCACAAUCAAGACAACUUCUCUGUUUUUUCCAUGUUUUGCAAAAGGAAAUGGAGGUGGUUAUGUGAAAAGAAAAAUGGAAUUCCAUUAGAGAGGCGACAGUUUUUGAUGAACUUGUUUCGUAAGGUUAUGUAUAGCGAAACAGAAGAUGAAUUGAAUAUGAUGAUACUGAACUUCAAACAGUCAUCUCAAGAUUUCCCUAAUUUUAUUAAUCGUUUUGAAAAAUUUUAUUUGAUAUCACAAGAAUGGUUAUACGUUCACCGUAAAAACAUUAUCAUUAGGGGUAAUAACACCAACAAUUAUGCCGAAGCAUCUAAAAGAAUAUUAAAGGAUAUAAUUCUCCACCGAACAAAAUGA